AUGGAACUCGACUUUGCUGCUCAGAGUCUGUCGGGCGUACGCGUUCUUGGCCAUGACGGCUGCGUGAAAGAAGCAGCGACCAACCCGCCUCUUCCGUCACUGGCUAUCGUCCACCAGAUGCUUCCGUGGCCAGUAGUCAUUCAGAGGUCGGGAGAUCGAGAGUGGGUUACAGUCGCCGAUGUUGUCGAGACACUAUGGCAUGCUCUGCACAUACGCGACCCCAUAACGCCAUCGUCGUCGCUGUCGCUCCUCGGAAAUCAGGAUAGUGCGCCUUUUGCUAUUCACGGGAUGUCGGGUUGCGUGGAGCGAGGGAUUGUCCACCAGCCUAGACUGGCAUAUCUGAAGGGAAAGACACGGUUUACAGGACUCCGCCCCAUUGAAGGCGAGACCUGGGAGCUGCUCGUCGUGUAG